UUUCAUUUAUGAAGCUUGUGGAAUUAACAGUGUAAAACUGGACUGAGCUGGAAGAACAAGACGUGUUGAGGGACAGAGUGUCAGGAUGAGUGUGAGAUGGGAGACAGAGGGGUUACAGACUGUGGGCAUCGUCUGCCUGGUCAUCAUGUUUCUCAAACUCAUGCAUCUGCUUGGACUCAUAGACAUAACUGAGACAGACGACAGCAGUGACAGUGACCUCGAGCUGUCCACGGUGCGACAUCAGCCCGAGGGUCUGGAGCAGCUGCAGGCUCAGACCAAAUUCACCAAGAAGGAGCUGCAGUCCCUUUAUAGGGGCUUCAAAAACGAGUGCCCAAGUGGUUUGGUUGAUGAGGAAACUUUCAAGACCAUCUACUCUCAAUUCUUUCCCCAAGGGGAUGCCACCACAUACGCCCACUUCUUGUUUAAUGCGUUUGAUCUUGAUAGAAAUGGCUCAAUUCGUUUUGAGGACUUUGUGAUUGGUCUGUCUGUGUUGUUGAGAGGAUCUGUCACUGAAAAGCUCAACUGGGCUUUCAACCUUUAUGACAUCAACAAGGAUGGAUACAUCACUAAAGAGGAGAUGCUGUUAAUCAUGAAGUCAAUCUACGACAUGAUGGGCAGGUACACUUACCCCUGUGUGCGAGAUGAAGCUCCAUCUGAACAUGUGGAAAAGUUCUUCCAGAAAAUGGACAGAAAUCGAGAUGGUGUGGUCACUAUUGAGGAGUUUAUUGAGACCUGUCAGAAAGACGAAAACAUCAUGAACUCCAUGCAGCUCUUUGAAAAUGUGAUUUAGGACAGGAGUGGAGCGAUCUAAAGCUAAAACAGCCCUCAAUGUCCCAAUCCAGUCCCCUCCACAUGUCUAUAUACCAAACUAGCACAGCAGUCACUCUCUGUCUUGUCCUGUAGCACUACUCCCAUGCCUGCUGCACUCCGUAGAAUCAUAUAGACCAACACAUAGCCUACAGUAUGGCAUCACAGUUUGUACUUCACAGCAGGACUACUUUUAAAAAGAAAAGCCUGGACGGCCGGGAUCCUUCCAGUUGCUAGAUACCGGCAACCGUGUGGUGGAACUUUCUGAUCCGAAUGAACAAAUGACGUAGCAUAGCCAUGUUUUGUAUCACUGGUUGAUGGAUUCCCAUGGGCUCUCUGACGUCCAUAUAAAAACCAUCACCAUCUGGACUGCUUUCUUCUGCCUUACGAAUGAGGGACGUUACAAGACUCAAUCUCAACCUUCCAGAUACCAUAGUUUGAAGGAGAGUACAGUAACUAUGGAUUUCAAGGGACCCAAAGGAGCGUCUAGCACCAAUGACGAUUUGAAGCACACCAUGUAAUACUCACCAAAAGAACAAGAUUAAUGUGAUGAAAACCAACCUGAAGCAUGCCUGUCCAAAUAUGUGAGAUAUUUGUGAUUUUCUUGCAUGGAGACUGACAAAGUUGUACAUUUUCUUCCUUGUAAGCCAGUAGGUCCCACAGAAGACUGUAAGCAAACUAAAGCAACUGUAUGCGUGAAGUUACAUAGUGUACCAGUGUUUAUAAGUUCUGUAUUGCACAUAUCAGUGGGGCCAGAAUGAUUUGUUUGGUCACAUUUGAUUCUUGCACAGCAAUGGGGUAUAUUAAAAGUUAUAUUUACAGUGUAGGCAUUUUAGAAGUAUAGAAGUAUGUGUUUUAUUUUCAGGAAUGUAAUUAUUUGUCAGGCGGCGUCUAAUGGAAUGCAGGCAUAAAUGGACAUGUCCUGGUUAUUAUUUAUUAUUAUGUUAAUUUA